AUGCCAACGCAAGAUCCCGCGUACAGCCCCGAAGAAAGCGAAGAGGAAAACGAUGACCGCGCCAGCCGCACGUCCGGCAGCACGUACUACGUCCUGCCUACACCGGGCCAAAAGGUCAAACUUAUCGUAGGUGCUCUUCUUUCAAUCCGUCAUGUCAUCCCUACACUCUGCUCCACUAUAACGACCUGCUUCCAGCCACCCAUCUCAUUUCACGUCUCCCCUACGUUUUCGCUCACACAAUGUUUCUCUCGCACUCAGGUCCCGAACGCCGCUUCCCUGUACACGGCCACGUCCACCACCAAGUCCGCGCAUUCGCCCCAGUCCGCGCACCCCGGGUACAAAAAGCCGUUCUUCCAGCGCAUUUUCCAUAUGCCGAAGCUCGCGGGCUCGAUGUCGAGCUCCGAUUCCAGAGGUCAUGGUGGCGCGGGGAAGAAUGGGUGCCCCCCGUCCCCACUAAAACGAAAGCACAUCUUUGGCGCGCGCCGGCUUGGUCUGACUUAUCCAGGCGGUCACCGCCGUGCCAGGGAACGGGAACUGUGA